CGACCGAUCAAAGAGCCCGGAUCUGUCUAUUUUCUCUCAAAGGCAUAUUUAUCACGUCCAGCCUCCUCGGGAGAGAAUAAGACAAGAUGCCUAUUAAGAGAAAUAUGCGUGGGUUGCAUCGGACGAGCUCGCACCGUAAUGCUUUGUUGAGGAACAUGGUUGUGUCGCUUGUGAUGCAUGAGUCUAUUCUUACGACAUGGCAUAAGGCGAAAGAAGCACAGAGUGUGGCAGAUAAGAUCAUCACGAUGGGAAAGCAAUACCUGGGUGGAGACAGAAAUGCACUCAUAAAAGCACGGGGUUACUUCUACAACCAAAAGGAGCCGACGAACAAGCUCUCCACCAUCCUCGCCCAGCGCUACAAGGAAAGACCAGGCGGCUACACCCGCGUCCUCCGCGCCGACCCCCGUGUCGGCGAUAAAGCCCAAAUGGCCGUCCUCGAAUUCGUGGACGGCGCCCGCGACACACGCUUCGCCAUGACCGCCCGUACCCUCGCCCACGACGAAAUGUACGACAAACCCCAAACCCCAAUAACCCUCCGCAACAUCGUCAAAGUUACCCGUUACCGUGGGGAGACCGGAACGGCCGAACUCAAAGAUUUCGCGCAGAAAUUCAAGGCGGCGUUUCAGAGACGAGGGUUCCAUGCGCCGGAGCAGGCUCCGAAGGAGAUGGAGAAGCAUAUGAAGAUUAAUGAUGAGAAGAUGAAGAAGAUGGAUAAGGAGAAGAAGAUUAGGGAGACGUGGGUUGCGGAGAAGGAGGCGCUGAAGCUGUUGAAGGAGGACAAGAAGAGAGAGGAGCUUCAGAGGAGGCAGGUGCUCAAGGCUCAGGCAAUCGAGAACCGGCGCAAAAAGGCCAAGCAGGUCGAGGCCUAA